GUUGAAAGAAGUCAGGAUGACGUACGUUACUGGGAGAUGAGGGCGAGCCUGCACUCUUCUUUUAUUGCUGCCUUCGAGAAGGAUGUUCAUUCGUGGUAAGUCAUCCGUAUCCGUGCCCGUGCCACCCGGGCAAGGUCAACAAUUCGCCGCUUCUUUCACCCUCCUCGCUACGGGCCGUCGCGCACCCUCUCUAAAAAAAGCUUUCCACACCAUCCACGCCUCCGCAUCCACUCCCCUCACAAAUUCGGAAUCCAAUAACAUCCGCUCAGCAAACAUGGCGACUCCAGACUCCAACACAGCUUCCGCAGCCGACGACACCAGCCCUCUCACGGUCUUCAAGCGAAGCGUCGACACCGCCCUCUCCAAGAUCCCCUCCGACUUCAACGACAGCGACCCCGACAAUGCCGAAAUCAUGACCAUCGUGGACCUUCUCAACCUCACCAAGCGCGACGACCCGCAAAUCAAGCUCACCAUGGAGGGUCUCGGCAAAGGCACAGGACCUGCGUUCGACUUCGUCGAGAUCACUAAGCUCAGAGCCCUCGUUGAAGUCCUGCACGCUAAGCUCUCUGACCCCGACGCCUGGUCCGCUGCCGCCGCCGCCGCGGUGACGCACCGACUGCACCACGCGCUCGCCAACGUCUGCGUCUUCGUGGAGUGGUCGCACGCACACCCCGGCGACACCCGCCCGCACUUCACUGCCGCCAACGAAGUCUUCCUAAAGGAUCUCCUCACCAUCUGCCUGGGAUUCUUUUGCCGCCCGGUCUCGCUCUCUAGCAGCACUUGGGACAGCACGGUCCCGCUCUUCAUCGCCCGCUUGUACCUCGUCGACUGCCCGAACUUCUUCCCGCACGAGUAUCUGCACUCUCUUCUGUGGAAAAUGGCCGAGGCGCCGACGCUGUUUACAGAGCACAAUUACGAGCUCUUCAAGGAGGUGGUGCUGAUGGUGGGGAAGCGCAUGAAGUCGCAUGACGACUGCAAGCGGGCGUUCAAUGAGAUAGUGCUGACGAGGUUUUUUGAGCGCGUGCAGAGUCAGAAAGGGCGUUCUUCUUGGGGAUUGUGGGACGGCAUCCUUGAGAUUUUCGAAGAAUGCUUGAUUUGAAUGGGUAGUAUGAGGAUUGAGGUGGUCGGUUCUAGCUACGAGGGGACCGGGCUUUAGGCGCAUCAAUCUUGGCUGGUAUAGGGUAUCAGGGUUUGUGUGUGGAUGGUAUGGCUGGGGGAAUCGUGAGAAUGGCUGAGGGGACGACCAUGAUCGUGGAGUGAACUCCUAGUACCUUCUUCGGGCAAUCAGAUCCAG